AUGGGGGCGCGGCUGUCGCGGGCACUCAAAAGGUGGCGCCCAGUGAGCGGCGCCCUCCUGCUGGUCUCUGUGUGGCUGGCUCUGAUCACCGUCAUCAACCUCGGCUCAAACCUGGGCUCAAACCUCGGCUCAAACCUGGGCCAUCUCGCCCUCAGACACGAGCCGCUGUCCCGCGGGCAGGCGAGCCACCCCCACAGCCCUGAGUCUCCCCUGACCAGCGGUAACCUGAGGGCCGACUUGGCCCGGGGCAGGGACCUCAUGGCGCCCAGCGUACUGAACCAACAGACGGCGGACGCUGUCAAAAGUGGAAUUAAAAGUGGCCGCCGCAUGCAAGAGAUUAAGGUCGUUGAGAUGGUGGGCUUAGAGUCACGUGGUUACAGCCGCGAGAUGGUGGGCUUAGAGUCACUGUCACGCGGAUCUCGCCGGGCUACUGGGGGCGGGGGCGGGGGUGACAGCUUGAUAGAAGGGGGGCCGGGAGAAAUCGAUACAAGGGCUAUCACUUUGAAGGGGAUUAGCCCGGGCAUUGAGGGAGGGGAGGUAAAUCUGGGAGAUUUGCUGCCAAAUUGGGCCCCUGAGCCCAGCACGGCCCCUCCCUUAUCGGACAUUCCGGAGCAGGGAGGUCCACAAGUAGGAGAACGGCCGGACCAGGACCGGUCAAUUUCCUCUCGUGCUAAAAACUCGCUAUCAGCAGACGACAGCCUCGAUCGUAAAGCAAGAUCUGACACAGUCGGGGCGGCAGACACGACGGGUCGGACCGGAUUACAAGAGAAUGGCAAAUCCGGUGGCGGCCAUUUGCGAGGACUGAGCGAUGAAACACAGAAGAUGACGUUUUAUGCUAGGGACAUGGGGCUAGGGAUCGAUACUCAUUUCAACGGCGGGGAGCAGGAUAAAGCCGGCCAAAUGGAAGAGCGAACUUAUUCACGCUCCAUCUCAGUCGAUUCUAGUCGGUACACCGCACGCCCGGCCCCACCCCACACCACACACCCGGCCCCACCCCACACACCACCCCUGACCCGGACCCACGGUGAAAAAACCCCGCACGGGCUGAAAGCAUCUCGGCGUAAAUCAAACGAACAGAGUCUAGUUGCUAUGCAAAUGAAGACCCCAAAUAGCAAGCAGAAACCUCCGCCCGUCUAUAGCCUCAUCGAUCAGAAAGUACACCCGGUGACUCCUCAAAUGAACUCCGGUGUAAAACAUCCUAGCCGGCUCUUGCCGUUCGGUCAUUCUGUCGAGACGGCAGAUGAUGGCAACCGUACAAGACAUCACGGCACGGCUGACUGGCUGCAAGACUUGACUGCCGGCCGCGUCAGGGAGAUGCCGGGGAAUGUUUUCAGCCCUCAGACGUCUCACUUUGCGAGAUUAAGAAAUCUGGAAUCUAACUCAACUCUGGCCGGCAAGUCUACCUCAACUCUGGCCGUCAAGUCAAACUCAACUCUGGCCGGCAAGUCAAACUCAACUCUGGCCGUCAAGUCAAACUCAACUCUGGCCGGCAAGUCAAACUCAACUCUGGCCGUCAAGUCAAACUCAACUCUGGCCGUCAAGUCAAACUCAACUCUGGCCGUCAAGUCAAACUCAACUCUGGCUGUCAAGUCAAACUCAACUCUGGCCGGCAAGUCUACCUCAACUCUGGCCGUCAAGUCAAACGGACGGGCAGAUUCUAUCCGGAGUUUUCCUGGUCGAAGACGCGAGACACUGGAACACGGUGGCUUCCAUCUUUAUUCAUAUAACGCCAGCGCCAGCGACAUGCUGCCAUUGGACAGGGAUGUGCCGGACACGAGGCCUGAGGGGUGUAACCAGAUACCUGCAUACAAGACGCCAGACCUGCCCAGAGCGACUGUUGUCAUUUGUUUCCACAACGAGGCUCUGUCCGUUCUGCUACGCACCGUUUACUCCAUCUUACGUCACUCACCACCCCAUCUGCUGGACAGUGUCAUUCUAGUGGAUGAUUUCAGCACGUCAGAUGAGCUACAAACGACCUUGACCGAUGAGCUGAGCUACUUGCCGGACAAGGUGGUGCUGACCAGGACAAGACAGAGAGAAGGCCUGGUUCGUGCCAGACUUUUGGGUGGCAGUAUGAGCAGCUCUGAUGUCAUUGUUUUUCUCGAUGCACAUUGUGAGUGCAAUGUUGGAUGGUUGGAGCCACUGCUGUACAGCUUAAAACACAGCCCAAAGAAGGUGGUAACACCCUACAUUGAUACCAUCAAGGCAGAAAGCUUCCAGUACAAGCAGUCACCACCACGCCUUAAAGGUGGCUUCAACUGGAGGCUGGAGUUUGGGUGGCGAGCAGCCUCAGCCAAGGGGGAUCAUUCUUGGCAGGAAAAAGACCCCAUUCAAACACCUGUGAUAAGUGGAGGCCUCUUUGCUAUGUGGCGUGUCUACUUCACAUCUCUGGGAGGUUAUGACCCCCAACUCAACAUCUGGGGUGGAGAGAACUUUGAACUUUCCUUCAAGACCUGGAUGUGUGGGGGCAGCAUGGAGAUCCUGCCCUGCUCACGGGUCGGCCAUGUCUUCAGGUCCUCAUUGCCGUACACUUUCAUUGGUGACAGGGAGGAGGUUGUGCUGAGGAACCUUGGCCGUGUGGCCAGUGUUUGGAUGGAUGAGUACGCUCAGAUCUUCUACGCUGCUGUGAAGGUUCAGAAUGAGAGUGACAUUGGGGACAUCACAGAAAGAGUGGAGCUAAGGAAGAGCUUAAACUGUCAGUCUUUCAAAUGGUACUUGGAUAAUGUUUUCCCCCAGAUGGACAUUGUUAAACCAGAUACUGUGGAGUAUGGGCAAGUUAGAAACAAGGGCUCUUUGAUGUGUUUUGAUGUGGUCAACUCAGCAACGGAUUUCUUUGUAGGCCUCACACCUUGUCACAAUGGAAGGAAUCAGACCUUUAGAAUGACUUCAGCUAAUAGACUUGUACAAGGUGAGGCUUGUAUUGUGCCAGGCAGGAACAAGCAGCUGACCUUAUCUGUCUGUAGACACAAUGUGACCUGGACUUAUCAGAAUGGCUUACUGCGAUUGGAUGAGACAGAUCUGUGUGUGACAUCAAUUGACAAUGAGGCUGUCCAGCUCCUGCCUUGUGAGCGUGGCCACUGGACAGAUGUCGUAAUAUCAAAUCAAAGAUCAGACCAGCCAUCUAAAGAGACCAAAGUCUUCUCCAAUGACCAAUACAAGGAUUCUAAAAUUGUUCCCACAGACACCAGAAGUUUUCAGCAGUGGACUUUUGAUUAUAGUUUUAAUUGGAAAAGAAGAAGAAGAAGGGGUGAUUGAUUUUCUUAGUAGUAAUUAAUCAAUUUUUGUUUCACCUGUAAAUAAUUUUGUUUAACGUGUAAAUAAUCUUUCACAUGAUUUUGAAUUUGUAAAAUUAACUUUUGAUUAAUGUGACAUUAAUACCAAUAUAGAGAUACUAUUUAGCAAUGUUUCCACUCUUGUUUUUAUGCCCUGUUACUGAGCAAUAACUUUUAAAAUUCCCAAAAUUUGUUAAAACUUAAAAAAAAAACUAAAAUAUUUUAAUCCUUUAAUGGGUCACAAGCUGAAACUUUUUUAAAUUUCAAGAUUUCUGUCCCUUUAGAUAUUCCCACUCUUAAAAACUUGUUGUAUUAUUUAACCAAACCAGUGAGCAAUAAUUCAACUAAUUAUCAAGCAAUUGACAUUAAAAAGUCCUCUAAUAGUAUGGAUGGUGCCUUAGAUCUCCCAUUGUAUGUUUGUUUUCAUUCAUAAACAUUGAUGUGGGUAAAAUACUCAACUAUUCAUAAGGGAGCCUGCAAGUAUUAUAACUAUCAUUUUUAUUAAUGGAGUAUUUUUUAAAGUUUCCAUGACUAAUUUCCUGUUUAAUGUUUGAUUGAACUAAUACAGUUAUAAAAUAAAGAUGUUCCAGUCAUAAGUGAUGUGUUGUUCCAUGAAGAUGGGUUGUUUAUAAAUUGUUUUAUAAAAUAGGGGAGGACUCUAUGGAAUUGUUACAAGGAGUGGGUCAAGCCUGUCUUAUUUUGUCAUAUCAUUUGUGCAUGAUCCCUAAAUAAAAUUGUUCAUAAAUCAUAAUGUGAAAUAAUAAUCUGGAUACAACUUCAUCGCUGUCAGUGUAGGUCUAUAUUUUUAAAUGUUUGUUAAUAAAAUGUUAGGAUAGCACAUUUUUUAAAAAGUGUAUGUCUAUUUUUCAUAUGGAAAACUAGGCCUACAUUGUUACUUGUGAUUGAACAUUCAGUAAAAAGGCCACUAGAUAACAUGUUUUGAUUUUUAUCAAACAUAAUUAGUUUAUUAUUCAUUAGUGCCAUCUUUUUUAAAUUGAAUGGCAGUAAUUUAAAGCAAAUGCCCCCCCCCCCAAAUAUAUGAGUGUAUGAUGGGCAUCUGAAUACCUCCACCAAUGGAUGUAUCCUGUGAUACUCAGUUUCUUGAUCUCAAGCUGUUUAG